AAUAGGACACCAUGUUUGGAUACAUUCUCACUCUCUCAUCUUCAACAAAAGAACUGCUUCCGCGGCGGCGCUCAGAAUGCUAUCUUCAUCUUCUUCCACCACUUCAAUUAUCCCAAAUCCUUCUCUCGCCAUGACUAAAUCCAAUGCAGAAUUACCCUCCAAAUCUACAAAUUUUCCUCAUUUUCCUGAUUCUGCUCAACCCCCUUUCCCCUCACCUACUAUCCAUCGCUCUCAAAGCUUCGCUACUAGAAGCUUCUCAAUUGGCGCGACUGCCCCAGACGCUGCAGAAAGCUUGGAGUGUCCAUUGGUGGUGGUUUCGUUCUACAAGUUUGCUGAUUUCCCGGACCAUGCUGAUUUACGGAAGCCGCUGAAAGAGCUCUGUGAGCGGCUGCGUGUGUCAGGGGGCAUAAUACUUGCACCAGAAGGGAUCAACGGAAGUAUAUGCGGAACCUGUGAUUCUGUAGAAGAAGUGCUUAAUUUCAUCCAGGCUGAUGAACGGUUAAAGGGGCUGAGGUGCAUUGAGUCCCCUGUGAGUCCCGAGGAAGAAGCUAUUCACCACGGACAUAUGGAGAGUUCUCCUCUCGCUGCCGGGGAAGAUGCUCCCUUCCGAUGGGAUCAUGUGAGGGUCAAGCUGAAAAAAGAGAUAGUGACGCUAGGAAUGCCUUCUGUAUCACCAACUGAGAGAGUUGGUACCUAUGUGAGCCCCGUGGAGUGGAAUAACUUGAUCAGCGAUCCAGAUACGGUGGUGAUAGAUGUACGCAAUGAUUAUGAAACCAGAAUAGGGAAGUUCAAGCGGGCAGUUGAUCCCUGUACAACUGCAUUCAGAGAGUUCCCUACGUGGGUGGAUGACAGUUUCAAACUUAACGAACCAGAUGAUGCCGUAGGCCAAGCUGAUUCAGAACAGACCAUAGAUGAGCAAACGGAGAAGAAGAUGCCCCGGGUGGCUAUGUACUGUACUGGUGGGAUCCGGUGUGAGAAAGCCUCGAGCUUCCUCCUGAGCCGAGGAUUCAAAGAGGUCUAUCAUCUACGAGGUGGAAUCUUGAAAUACCUCGAGGAAGUCCCCAAGGACAAGAGCCUGUGGGAAGGGGAAUGUUUCGUGUUUGAUAAACGAGUGUCUGUUGAGCACGGGCUGGUGCAGGGGACGUACAAACUCUGCUACGGAUGCAAGAAACCGGUGAGUGAUGCGGACAUGGAAGCUCCGGAAUGGGAGUACGGAGUCUGCUGCCCGUAUUGCCACUCUUCUAAGUCGGAAGAGGAGAAGGAGAGGGGGAGGGCAAGGCAGAGGCAGUUCGAGAGGUUUGGCAUCAUUGGGGGCCCACACAAAGGCCGGAAACCGAUCAAAACGGCUCAAACUCCUGAGAGUAAGAGCAACCAAAUGUCGAGCUCAAUAUGAGACCUUCCAUCAAACUGUGUAGGAAAUUUUUGCGGUAAAUGGAUUCAUUGGUUUUAUACUUUUAUUUCCUUUGUAAGAUGAUUGUGAUCGAAAUCUUUUUCUCAUUUGCCAUAAAUGCAACCAAAAGUUCCAUUCCAUUUAAUGAUUGAAAAUAUUGAUGAAUUUAUAGUACUAAAAAGUUUCACCCAUGAUUCAAUUGAGUAUCAAUUUAAAUACGAAACACGAUUUUUUAAAAUUACGACUUUUUGAAUUGUUUUAGAUUUUGCGAUUAAUCUAAAAUUAAUACUCCAUGUAAUUGUCGAUUGUAAAUUUAGAACCAAUUAAUGUAUAUUUAUCAAAAUAACAGUAAUGUAGAAUUAAUUAUUUUUAGUAUUAUCAUAUUUUUGGGGAAAUGGUUGAGCGACGACCUAGUUAAGUUUAUUCCAUUGAAUAUAAACUCCAUUUUCUAUUGCCGCUUUUGCGCUUCAACAUUCCAUCUCAAUUUGAUAAUUCAAUCGAUCUAGGGUUUUCUCAUUCUUCGAUUAUGGCGCCACCAGCUGCAGGAUCGGGUCUAUCCAAGUUUGUCCGUCCCCGCCUCCACCCCACCGAUGUACAGGCCGCCGCUCUUUGGGGCGUCACCGCCGGGACCGCCGCUAUCUACCUUGUUCAGCCUUUUGACUGGAUUAGGAAGACAUUUUUUGAGAAACCUGAGCCUGAAGAGAAGUGAAGAGCAGCGUUUGAUCGCUCAUCCAACCUUUUUGUAAUGAUUUUCUGAUGCAACUCUGAGCAGAGAUUAUGAAAUAAUAAUAAUGAUUUUAUGUAAUCAUGCUUUUCCCAGUAAAAGCUACACUGUACUUGUUUUUUUGGAUUAAUUUGCACAAGC